AUGCAGGUUUUUUAUCCAUCCAAGUCAGACGACUAUCCUCUUCUCGAAACCAUGAUUAAUGCGCUUUUCAUGGCCACGUUCUCGUCACUGCAAGGGUAUCCCCCGGCUCUCUAUCAUGCUCGAAACAGCUAUGGAUCAGCUCUGUCUCUGACUCGAAAGGCCAUCCAGUCACGAAAUGAGGCUUUGUUGGAUAGGACUUUAUUCUCGGUGUUGCUCAUGAGUAUAUUUGAACGCCUCGCCGACGUAGAACAACGAGGUUUAAGUAUUCGCAACGGACAUUUAAAAGGUGCCAUUGAGCUGAUGGCCUUGAGGGGGGAUGGCCAAUUCACAGACGAUGGGGGCGCUAAGAUGUUUUUGCAUCUAAACGAGCUUGUUGUUCUUGAUUGCCUUGCCAAUGAAGCUGAUAUUCCACUUCAAUUCUUGGCAUUGCGACAACAAGCUCUUGAAGCCGGUGCAGACACAUCGUCACCAAGGUGGAGAUUCUUGGAAAUCAUGAUGCGUUAUGCACAGUUGGAGCAUACCGCGAAGUCUUCCAUUUCUGCGGAAGGCGUCAUUUAUCAAGCCAAGGCACUUGACGAAGAUCUUGAUCGAUUGUCUAAAUAUCUGCCUUCUUUCUUCUCGAGAAGACAGACCCCUGAACCCCCAAGCAUUCCAUCAACCAAGCCGGACAUAUAUCCUGACUAUAAUACACACAGAUGCUGGAACAACAUCCGUGUUCUCCGUAUCCAGCUAAUGAAACUCAUACGCGAGCAAUACGCUCGGGUGUUGGGAAAUUCGACCAAUGAUGUCUGGGCCAUGGCCGAACUUCAUGAGUCCAACCGCCGAGUGCAUUUCCUUGCUACAGACAUAUGCCUCUCCAUACCUGAUACGGGGGCUAACAUCAGGCUUCCUUAUGAGGUCUCUAAUAUCCAAUCAGCAACACUCUUGUUUCAUCUAUAUGUGGCCAAAGAGGCUCUUGCAAAGCCAGCUCAAUCGAGGCUACACAUUUAUGAACGAUUACAAUUCGUGGAAGAGAAGCAAUCUCCUUCACAGCGCAAAAUAUUGGAUUAUUUGCUACAUGAUGGUUAUCAAAUUCCGCGAAACACUUGGAAGAUAUGGCUUUCAAUCGGAAGAGAGGAUUUUUCUAUCUGA